AUGAGAAAAACACCUAUAAACCUAAAAUAUUAAUAAAAUUAUUCUCCAGAUGGUUACCCUGAUAAUAAAGAAUAUAAGAAAUAAGCUUAAGCCUCAACAAAAAUUGCUUCUAAUAAAUUAUAAGAAUUUUUUAUAGAAAUAACACCUACAACAGUCAAAUAAUUAACUGAUGAAUUAAGUUUGUCAAUUCUGAAGGGUAUUGAUGAUGAGGUGGAUCUCAUUUAUGUGCGUUUUGCAGAAACUGGCGGACAUUGCAUUGACCUAAAAAAGAUGAGAUUAAUCAAUACUCUUAAUGGAAAAUCCAGGCAAAUUUAUCAUAAAGUUCCUUUCGGUAGAACACUACUUCAAUCAAACAUUAAAGUUUAAAUAUCACCUUAGCCCUCCAACAACAAUAAAUUAUAAUAUACAUAAUACCAUUGGUAUGAAUAGAGAAAUGGCUAAUUCAGACCUUUACAAUAAUAAAUCAGCGAUAUAAUUGAAAAUUUCUACCAAAAUGCUUCUUAGACUGGUCAAUCAAUUUGUGAAUUCACUUGGCAAUAACAUAGAUUUAUAAUUGAUUUGAAAGAAAAUACUCUUGAAAAUACAGAUACCUUAAUUAUCAAUCACAUUUAAAGGAGAAAUAUUUAAAAGCCAUACUAAGAAAUACCUAAAAAACCCAUUAGUAGAGGAGCUUUAAAGAUAAUAGUGUGGUAGUAUUAAUUAUAGCCAAAAUCUUAUGAAUGGAAUAAUUAUGAUCAAGAGAAUACAGAUGCGCUUGAGAAAGCAUAUGAAAAAUACUGCAAAAACUCACGAAAAUCAAAUACUCUAAAUGUAAUGAGGAAUACUUCAAAAUACUAUAUUGAUUUUGAUAAGAUGAUUGAAUACAAUUUAUUUAACAAAGAAUCAAGAUAAAUUCGUAGAUUCCUCGAGGAAGGUUGA